CACUCAACCUUGAGUAACCUUGUCUUUGGUAGGAUAUUUAAUAUAAUUUCAGCAGCACUGCAGCAUUUUCGUUGUUUGAUAUGUCAGACUAUUGUAUUUCAUUGAGUGAUGAUUUUAAAGGUUAUCCUGUGGAUAAGUUCUGCAUGUCUUCUCGAUAUGAUGGGUGCAUAGACUACGUCCUCAUACCGAAUGGCAUGGUUAAAGAUAGAUUGGAAAAAAUGGCCAUGGAUAUUGUGAAUACUUAUGAGGCCUCCAACGCAAAGUCCAUAACACUUGUGUGCGUUCUGAAAGGGGGUUUCAAAUUUCUUGCAGAUCUUGUUGAUGGACUGGAGCAUACUGUUCGUGCAAGAGGUAUCGUCCUGCCCAUGACAGUAGAGUUUAUUCGUGUAAAGAGUUAUAUCAAUGGUGUUAGUGCACAUGAGCCAAUAAUUUCUGGUUUGGAAAAUCCUGCGGAUUACAAAGACAAGGAUAUUCUCGUUGUUGAGGACGUGAUUGAUACGGGCAAAACGAUGACAAAACUUUUGAGUUUUUUGGAAAGUUUAUCCACUAGAAGUGUUAAAGUUGCCAGCUUACUCGUUAAACGUAAACCGAAUGGUGUUGCUUAUCGACCGGAUUUUGCUGGAUUUGAAGUUCCCGACAGAUAUGUUGUUGGUUACGCCUUCGACUACAAUGAACAUUUCCGUGACAUACAGGAGAAAAAAGAAUGUCGUUUAAUAUACUCGUCCCUUGAUCGGUCGUGGGAUAUCUCACCAGUCGUUACGACAGGUGACGGAAGUUGGCAAAUACGAAACAUUCCUUCUGUAUCUGAGGUGAGAUUUCGUUAGUGACCGACCUAUUCGUGGUGUUGCAACUCCCCACGUAAUUGAAUCGAUUGACUGCCGCUAACACUUCAAUCAUAUCAUUUAAACUGGGAGUAGUUGUAGACCAUUUGUGCAGCAUCAUCUUACAUGUGACAGCUGUGAGUGAAACGCAUGCCAAACGUAUUCAGAUUUCUGGUGAACGUGUUCAGUAGACUCUAUAUUUUGUCAGCGUCAUCACCUAACAGGGUAGUAUUGUCUGCAUGUGAACAGUUCAGGUUACACUUUAAUAUAUUCCUUGGUUAUAUAAAUGGAAGUGGAGUGUUUGAAGGAUAACUUUAGACUUCACACUUGAGGGCUGUUUACUUCAUCGAAGCGGCUAAAAAGAUGAACGGUUCAUUGUCAAGUCGAAUAUUU